CAGAGAGAGUACAACGGUCAAACGAAAGAUACGGCUGGGUGACUUCUUACUUCUGGAUUUCUGUCUUAAAUAUCUCUAAUGGUACAUAAUGACCUCAGUUCCUAAACCUUCAUUGGAAUACAGAGCCGAGGAGUAAAUCACCACAUCACAAGACGAAGAGCGUGAAGAAGACUUCAGAAUGCUGUUUAACGUGCAGGGUUUUUACUCUUAUUCCUCACAGUUCUGCAAACUUGAAAUUACAACGAUGGCUUCAUCAUCUGUCGGACACCGCUGAUAUAUUUUGUAGAAGCAUUUGACUGCACUUUACAAUAACUACAACACCAGAGACAGAAGGAUGAAUGGGUUGGCAGAGACCUCAGUGAAAUGCGUACUGGUCGGGGACUGUGCAGUGGGUAAAACUGCACUUCUUGUACGAUUCACUUCUGAAACUUUCCCAGACAGCUACAGACCGACUGUCUAUGAGAACACUGGCGUUGAUGUUUUCAUGGAUGGAAUCCAGAUCAGCUUGGGACUGUGGGAUACAGCAGGACAUGAUACAUUCCGCCAAAUCCGACCCAUGUCCUAUCAGCAGGCCGAUGUGGUUUUGCUAUGUUAUUCGGUGGCAAAUCCAAAUUCGUUAAAUAAUUUGCGGCAUAAAUGGAUUGCUGAAGUGAGGGAAUUUCUUCCAAGAGUACCUGUGCUGGUUGUUGCCACACAGACAGACCAUCGUGAGAUGGGCCCGUAUCGUACUAACUGCACCACAGCCUCCGAGGGCAAACAGGUGGCACAGGAGAUCCGUGCCAAGGGAUACCUGGAAUGCUCGGCUCUCAGCAAUCGUGGUGUGCAACAGGUUUUUGAGUGUGCCGUUCGAACGGCUGUUAAUCGGGAACGAAGACGGACAAGGCGGAGACUGAUGGACCUUAACCCCUGUAAAAUCUCCUAAUUAUUUUAAUAGAGGGAUGUUGUUUAAUUCUCAUCACUAAGACAAAAUUGUUUCUCACACAAAACCAAGUAUUUGAAGCCUCUACAAAGACUUCUUAACACUGAUGUCUAAAUACGGUUUACUUAAAAGACUUGUCUGAUUUUGAGUCAGGUUCUGAAAUCUGACCAUAUAUUAGACACAUUACAGACAUUGAACAGGUAUUUAUUCGGUCCCACUUUAUCCCCUUAGCAUUCCUGGAAAAUGUAACUAAGCACAAAACGUACCACGUUGGAAUGCUAACAGGUUAUAUUAGCUGGCCUUAACUACUAUGUACUUACGUUUAAAUUAAUCAAUUGAUACAAUGCACUUAU